AUGAAACUCACCGCUGUUGCUCUUUCUGUGUUCGUCGCGUCAGCCACUGCCUCGAACUUCUUCCAGCAGCUCGCUGGAAACUCAAACCCGUCAGCACAAAGUGGUGCAAAGAUCCCCGGAGAAUCUCCGCUAUACCACUGUGGACCUACCAGCGACGAUAUUCUAACCAUCGAUAAAGUUGAUUUGGUCCCGAACCCACCUGUCCCUGGACAAUCGCUCACAAUCGAAGCCUCUGGCACUCUCCACAGAAGUGUUGAGAAAGGUGCUCAGGUUGAAGUCACUGUCAAAUAUGGUCUUAUUACUCUGAUUAAAGAGACACUUGACCUCUGCGACCACGUCGGUGAGGUCGAUCUUGAGUGCCCCAUCAAGGCAGAUAAGAUGGUUUUGACCAAGGUGGUUGAUAUCCCGAAACAAGUUCCUCCCGGAAAAUAUAACGUUGCCGCAAAUGCAUAUCUGGAGGAUGGGGACCCUAUCACUUGCCUCGUUGGCCAAGUCAUAUUCACUCGCUGA